UCCACCUCCUCCUCCUCUUUCCUUCUUCUUCUUCUUCUUCCUCUCUGAGCUAAAUCUUGAAUCUGCUUCAGCAGUCCACUCUCUUCCUCAAUUCCAAAUCUUUUUCGAUUAGCAAAUGGCUUCGUAUUACUCUGCGUUUUUCGGCAGUGAAGAGCCACACUUUUUGGAAUCAUGCUCUCUUUGCAGUAAACACCUUGGUCUUAACUCCGACAUCUUCAUGUACAGAGGAGACACAGCGUUUUGUAGCAUAGAGUGUAGAGAAGAACAGAUUGAAUCUGAUGAAGCCAAGGAGAGAAGCUGGAAACUUUCUGCUAGAUCUCUCCGUAAAAAAUCUUCUGAAGCUGCAAAAGAUUCAGCCGCCGGAAAAACCGUUCGGACAGGAACACUCGUGGUCGCCUAGUAUAAUAUUUUUAUUACAUAAGAAAACCAAAGCAUGUAGCUUUUGUGUAUACCCUUUUUGUCUAAAGCUAUAUAUAUAUCACCCUUCUUUUAAGAAAAACCUGCAAAAUUUUGUUCUGUUUCUAUCUAUCUUGCUCUUGAUCGGGGAUCUGAGGAGUUGUAAGAUCUUGUUAAGUUGGAGUUCGGGAGAGUGAGAGGUAUUGAUCUCUUGGGGGUUUAAUUUUUGAUCGAUGUUCCAAUAAGAAACAGAGCAUACUAUUUAUGUUCUCAAUUCAAAUUUCCUAUCUUC